AUGGAGCGGACCUGUGAUGAACAGGCUACAUGUCUCCCGCAGACUGCGGCUGAGCUACUCGAUCGCACCGUCUGCCUGCAUGGUUGGGUGGCUUGGGAUCAUGCAAGCGCCACGCACGGAGCCGAUGGCAGAAGCACACUCAGCAGCGUAACGUACCGAUGCGACCGCCUUGAAAUGUCUUCUGAAAUCACGCCCACGAACUCCGAGGACUACACAGUCGCUUGGAUUGCAGCUCUGCCACACGAAAGAGCGGCUGGGGAGAUGAUGUUGGACCAUGAAUACGUGCAGCCGAAGAGUUUCACUAAGAAUGUUAACGACCCUAACAGGUACUCCUGGGGUUGGAUCGGCGAACAUCUCGUUGUGAUUGCUUCUCUGCCAGCUGGCGAGUACGGGACAUGA